UGAUCCCGCAUAGCGCAGGUUGCGUGCGCUACCGUCGCUUAGCCCUCUCCAUCACCCAGGUCAGACAUUCUGCUAUAGCGUGGGGACUGCCGUUUAAUUCGACUGACGUUACGCCAAAGAUCGGAAGCGGCAUGUGAAAGAAUCCUGGAAGACCGCGACUAUCACCAAGGGACAGAAAAGACGAGCAGCCGUCGUUCGACCUGUCAUUAGCAGAGUCAUGGCCAAGGGGAAAAAGGCGGUGGACAGUUCAGAGGACAAGCUCGUGGUGAAGCACGGCGAACCUGACUUCGCCAAGGGCUCAGUGCAGAACCAUCUGGAGCAACAGAAACUCUCGGUGUGUAACAAGCUUUGUUUCGCUAUCGGCGGGGCCCCUAACCAGGUCGCCGGAAGUGCCAUUGAUUUUUUCCUACAGAUAUACCUGCUGGAUGUUGCACAGAUAAUUCCUUUCCAGGCCUCCAUGGUGUUGUUCAUCGGUAAAGCCUGGGGUGCAGUUUCUGACCCUAUUGUGGGGUUCUUUGUCACUAAAAGCAGGUGGACAAGAAUUGGCCGACUCAUGCCAUGGAUGGUGGGCUGCACCCCAUUUGUGGUAGUGUCCUACUUCUACUUGUGGUUUGUCCCGCCUUUCUCCAGUGGAAGGUUCAUCUGGUAUCUUGCUUUCUACUGCCUCUACCAAACACUUAUCACAUGUUUCCAUGUUCCUUACUCUGCUCUGACCAUGUUCCUGAGCACAGACCAACGGGAGAGAGACUCAGCUACAGCCUACCGAAUGACUGUGGAGGUUCUGGGGACGUUGCUUGGUGCAGCCAUCCAGGGACAGAUUGUAGCAAGUGCUCACACGCUGAAGCACUGUUCCCAUCGCAACAUUUCAGCUGGACACCUGGGAAACAGCAGCGGGGCAGAGGUCAUCAGAAGUGUGGCACUGUCCUACGACUUCAUGUCACAUGCAAAAGAGGUGUACAUGAUUGCUGCAGGUGUGAUUGGAGGACUGUUUCUCAUCUGCACAGUGGUGAUGUUCCUGGGAGUCAAAGAGAGAGAUGAUCCUUAUGCACCGAAAACUGAGAAGCCCAUUCCUUUCCAUAAGGGCUUUGUGCUGGUGAUGAAGCAUGGGCCAUAUCUCACACUCACGGCUGCUUUUCUCUUCAUAUCCGUGGCAAUCCAGCUGGUACAGAGCAACUUUGUGUUGUUCUGCACAUAUGCUGUGGACCUUCGUAAUCACUUUCAAAACAUAGUCCUGACAAUCCUGAUGUCUGCAGCUGUAAGCAUCCCUUUCUGGGAGUGGUUUCUGCAGAGGUUUGGCAAGAAAACGGCGGCAUUCUGCGGCAUUACGUGGUUCAUACCCUUCACCAUGAUGCUGGUGUUCAUCCCUAACCUGGUGGUGGCUUACAUAGUGGCCGUGUCUUCCGGACUCAGUGUAGCUGCAUCGCUGUUGUUACCAUGGUCGAUGUUGCCAGAUGUGGUGGAUGACUUCCGACUGGCCAACCCCAGCUCGAAGGGCCAUGAGGCCAUCUUCUACUCCUUCUACGUUUUCUUCACCAAGUUUGCAGCUGGCAUCUCUCUGGGCGUAUCCGCACUCUGUUUACAGUUCGCAGGCUAUAACACAGGCGCGUGCAGACAGCCUCCACCCGUGGCCUACACCUUGAAGCUGCUGAUCGGUGCUGCCCCAGUGGCUUUUAUCAUCACUGGCCUGAUGAUCCUCCUGCUGUACCCAAUCAGUGAAGAUAUCAGACAGCGAAACAAACUAGCCCUGGAGGAGCUCAGGAACCAGACUAUAAUUUGUGGAUCCGACAAAGAAGACUUCAAUAGUAUAUAGAAUCUUCAAACCGCCCAGAAUGAGAUUCCAGCCUGCCUCUGGGAUGAGACUUGUUAGUGUACAUUACACUGUGACAAACCUAACCUACUGCAUUUUAAAGUAAACAUCUUCUUUGUUUCUGUGUAAUAAAUUGUAAUGUAUGGCAAGGAAUAUAUACAAUAUGCUAUAACUAAUUUAUAUAAAUGAAGGGACUGUAUAUUUCUUUUUUAAAAAUAAGCUAUGAUGUGAUGUAUUUAGAUCUCAGAAAUUAAUAUUUAUAAAUAGCUUGAUUUUAAGCUCAAUAAAUAACAAUAUAUUGGUGGUCAUAA